AUGGCAUUAGAAGAGUACGAUUACGUGGUUGAAUAUGUGAAAGGCAAGGACAACGUGGCUGCAGACGCAUUGUCCCGGAUACGCAUUACGUCAGAGGAAUUGAAAGAAAUGAAUGAACAUGUAAUUAACGUGAUGACUAGAGCGCAGAAAAGAAGGAUGGAUGCGGUAUCCCCGGUUGAUAUGGUUUCUACUGACGACAGGUCUCUAGAUAAUUGCGUUGGGGUCCGAACGCAGUACGACUUAGAGCCUGAACCCAGAAGCCCGGGCACCGACGGCGCGAUCGUUGCAGGGGUACUCUCGCCAGCCCUGGAACCCCACGCGCGCUGGUAUCUCCGCGAACUCAUACGCCAUUCCAAGUUCUACCAUCUGUUCUGGCCGAGCCAGCUCAAUAAAACUGGCAUGUACUCAAGCCGAAAUAUAAUGUCGCUGGCAGGACGAAUGGUUCCCAUCGUGCCGUACCGCCAUCCCGUGCCUAAUAUCACCGGCAUCAAAUAUCUGGAUAAAGUCAGGGAUUCGUAAGUUAAAGAACUAAACAUUUUA